AUGGCAACAGUAGAGAAGGCGCAGUUUUAUCCAGAUCCUCAGAACCUUGGACAAACCAUUAUAAAUAAGCAGUUUUAUACAGAUCCUCUUAACCUUGGACAAACCAUUAUACAUAAACAGUGUUGGAUCGACAGCAGUAUAAUCGGAUUCCGCAGCGCUAUUCGAAAAUUCGGAAUUGAUCGAUACAAGAAGAACUGUGUUCUUGCCACCGAGGGAUUUGAGACAGUUCUGACAAAAAUGAAUGACUCCACUGGGCCCCAUUCCGCCCUAUCCGCCUCUCAUAGCACAUCUGGCUUCUCUGCCUCUCUUGGGUCUUCCAUAUCCUCAAAAUUUUCCGCCAACAGACUCUGACGGCCAAAAUAUGUGUUCUAAAACCUGGCCCAAAAAACGUUAACAUAAUGGGCAUUAGAUUGAUUCCAAACGCGUAGUAAAAUUUACCUAUUAUCAUGUGAUAAAAAUUGUUUAAUGCCCAUGCAUUUUUUACUUAUGAGCAAAUCAUUUUUUCAGA